AUGCAACAAGAUGUUGCGGCUGCAAUUGUGGACAAAUUGCAGCCUUUCACAGUGCAAGUGAAAUGGCGUGAUUUUUCAAAUCGGACAUUCACGGCUCCUCAAAAAUGGAUGAGAGGCAAGGGACGUGAGACUAUCCAAUUCGGUUGCUGUUACAAUUAUGCAGUGGAUAGAGAUGGUAACCCGCCCGGUAUUCUUCCGCGUGUAACGGUGGACCCCAUACCCGAUCUGUUUAAGGUCAUCAUCCGACGCCUCAUUAAGUGGCAUGUGCUCCCUCCUACUUGUGUGCCAGACAGUUGCAUUGUGAAUAUCUAUGAGGAAGGGGACUGUAUACCUCCACAUAUAGAUAGCCAUGAUUUUCUUCGACCGUUUUGCACUGUCUCAUUUCUUAGUGAGUGCAAUAUAGUUUUUGGGUCAAACUUGAAGAUUGUGGGCCCUGGUGAAUUUGAUGGUUCAUUUACUAUUCCCCUACCUCUCGGAUCUGUACUUGUCUUAAAUGGAAAUGGAGCUGAUGUAGCCAAACACUGUGUACCUGCAGUUCCUAUGAGAAGGAUAUCAAUAACAUUUAGAAGAAUGGAUCCAUCCAAGCGGCCUUUUGGGUAUGUUCCAGAGCCUGAUCUUCAGGGUAUCCAACCAUUGGUCUAUGAAGUUGACAAGGAAAUGAAGUCAAGUGGACCAAGACCAAAUCGUCAUAUGAAGAGACAUAAAGACAGGAGAGAUGGAAGGACUGAUGCCAUGGGUUAUGCAACUAGAAGUGAUAGAUUCUUGGAGCCUCGUCAGUUGGCUCAAAGUUCACAAAGGCCUGCCAAUAGGUGGAGUAGGGUAAAGCUCGGUAGUUGACAGAUGCUGUGUUAUUAGCAUCCAAGCCAGGGCACCUGCUUUUUCUUUUUCUUUUUCUUAUUGUAUAAAAAUUGCCAAAGUGGAGGAUUCAUGACAAAGUGACAUAUCAGCAAAAUUGUCAAAGAAUAGUUUUUCUUUAAUAUAGAGCAGCUGCCCAUUGAGUAGUCAUUCCACCUAGCAAACUUUAUCUCUUUAAUCAGCCACAUGUACGCCUAGGCAGAGAAUAAAGGCAUCAGAAAAUUCUGAUUUAAAUCCUAAAAGAUGACUCUAGUCAACCACUUUC